AUGCUUUCAAGUAAGCUUCAAAGUCGAGCGGAAAGCCUCCCACCCAAUCUUACAAAUGACAUCGUGCAACGUCUCAGAAGUGCCAGUGUCUACAAUGAGAGUGAAGAAGGGUCUAGCAAUAAAGCUGGCGAAGAAGCUCAGAAAGGAUCAGGAGAUAUAAACAAAGGGAAAAAGAGGGAAAUCCAGGUUGAUUCAACUUCAACAGAGAAGAAUAAGAGAAUCAAAGAGAAUCAAGGAUCAUCAAAAGGCAAUUCUGUGCCUAUAGAGAUCAUUGAACCUGUUAUACCAAACGAACCUUCACGUAUACACAUCCUUUCCAUCGCCAAAAGUACUGGUGAAUAUCCUUCUCAGCUCCUCAACAUUUACCAUGACAUCCUGAAAACAGAGGAUCCGACUUCACCCAAAUUUCGUCAAGCUUGGAGGUCUAUACAGCCAUUCAUUCCUUACCUUCAAAAACCUACAGAAUAUCCCCUUCUGUCGGUAAACAUAGAUGUAAAUCCACCUUUAACAGACAGCGAGGCUAAAGACAGAUGGGAUGCUAUUCAAUUUAGAGCCAACACUUUAAUUAAAGCUGCAAAGCAAAAUAUAAUAUAUCGACAUCCACCAUCUUUACCGGAUAGCAUCAAUAUUGAUGAGCAGCUUGAAGAAGAUAUACAAUCCAGGUACAGAAAUCAAUGGUACAGUACGUCCAAUAUGGAUUGUAUAAUCGCUACUGAACGUUAUUUCAAUGCCAUGAAUACAACCGAAGUCUACAGCAAGAGGAAGAAGAUUAUUCUGAAAUCGGCAAUCAUGUCGAUACCUGAUCUAGAUUUUCCUCACGACUUCUUGACCAACACUUCGUGGGGUCGUUCAACGUUGAAGUCGAUAAAAGAUAUAUUUAUUGAUUUAAAUACUCAAGAGCCGAUUCCUUUUUCACACUUUGAAAGGAUACUAGGGUAUGCUCACAUUGGCGAUCAAUAUCACUGGAUUGGGAUCGCUUUCUAUCCAACCAAAAAGAACGCUUUCAUCUAUGAUUCUCUGACAAUUUGGAAAGACGAAGAUGUAGUAAAACUACUUUCUCCGAUAGUCCUGAAGAUGCUCACUUGGAGCAAUCUGGAAUAUGAAUUUGGGGAUUGGCAUUUCUCACAUGACACUCUAGUGUUUCAGGAUGACGGAUAUUCGUGUGGACCGUUUACAAUCCUCAACCUCAUGGCUGCAAACAGAAAUCCUAAUCUGAGUAGACCGCUUUCACUCCAAAGAUCUCUCUUCAAAAUCAAUGAGGCUGGUCAUCUAAACCCUGGUCAAAUACAACGUUUAAGGUCUAAUCUGGUGCAAAGGAUGAUUGAUGUCUUCAAUCAGAACAAAGGGUUGUUUGAAUCAGCUACUGGACAAGAUACAUGA